AUCCAGGACGGGAUGGUACUCGCGUUUGCACAGCAGCACUUCAUAUUGUGCUGCCACAUUUUAAAUUCGCUGGCUGCCAUUUUCCGGAGUGUGACCAUUGAAACCUGACCUCAGUUAUCAAAGCAUCGUCUCGCUAAUCGUGAAUGAAAAAUUAGAUGAGCGAUUGAAUAUAAACAACAAAAGCUGCAUAAUAGGAGUUGCCUGUGCGGAGAUCCGUCUGCCAAUCAUUGCUUGCAUCAUGUAAUUGGUUCCUGGGUUCGUGGGCGGACUCCUUCGUGUUGGAUCGCUAAGCUUUCAGCCAAUCAUGUUUAGUCAGCGGAGGAGCCGCGUCUGCUUGCAAGCCAAUGACAUGAGAGCACACACGGUGCCGCUACCCGUGGUUCGCUCCGUCAUUCAGCCAUGGAUGCCUAUGAUUGGGCCGCAGGCCCCACCGGAGCGCACACCUCAGCAGUCGGAAGCGACCCAGAUGAGUGGGACCGGACGAGCGGAGGAAUCCUUAGCGUCGGUUCACAAAGGAGCCGACACGCAGCAGAAAAUUCAUUCUUCCGGCAAUACGAGUGGAGCCUGAAACACAGCUGAGGGACUGAAGACGUCCGAGAGAAGUUGGGCUAAUGGAUAAUGGAGAAUGGGGAAAUAUGAUGACUAGUCCAGUUACGCUUAACGUAGGUGGCCAUUUAUACACGACGUCUCUCGCCACCCUCACUCGUUACCCUGAUUCUAUGCUCGGUGCCAUGUUUGGAGGAGACUUUCCAUCUGCCAGAGACUCCCAGGGCAACUACUUUAUAGACCGAGACGGACCACUGUUCAGAUACAUUCUUAACUUUUUAAGGACCUCCGAGCUGACUCUCCCAAUCGACUUCAAGGAGAUCGAUCUGCUCCGUAAAGAGGCCGACUUCUACCAGAUCGAACCUUUGAUCCAGUGCCUCAAUGACCCAAAGCCUCUGUACCCGGUAGACACAUACGAGGAAAUGGUGGAGCUGUCCAGCACGCGGAAGCUUUCCAAGUAUUCCAAUCCUGUCGCUGUGAUUAUAACUCAGCUGACCAUCACCACCAAGGUGCAUUCUUUAUUGGAGGGCAUUUCGAACAACUUCGUAAAGUGGAACAAGCACAUGAUGGGCACACGGGACUGCCAAGUGUCUUUUACAUUUGGACCAUGUGACUAUCAUCAGGAGGUGUCGCUCCGUGUAUACCUGAUGGAGUAUAUCACGAAACAGGGCUUUACAAUCAGGAACACCAGGGUGCACCAUAUGAGCGAAAGGGCCAACGAGAACACCGUGGAGCACCACUGGACAUUCUGCAGACUUGCAAGGAAAACCGACGACUGAAGAUUUGUGCUUUCUGGAUGUCGGACGGGACUCCCUUUGCUAACAGCAAUAUUAGCUUUUAAUAUUAAAACAGUAGUUCUGUAAUCUGGGGAAGGCGAGCGUUUCUUUCCAGGUUUUAGCCCAGAAAUGCGUACACACAGUAUUGUAGCUCCACUACGUGAUCGUGUCUUAGCCCGGCCUAUGCCAAGUGACAUUUCACAUCUGUGAGCCACGGCAGUGGACAAGUAGGCUGCACAGUGGCGUACAAGUAUUUCAGUACAUUUUAGUUUUUCAAAAAAAAUAAAAAGAAACACCACCUCAGCACAUCUUUGAUUAUGAUGAUUCUCCAUUCAGUCUCGUUUUUUUCUGGUUUGUUAAUCGUUACUUAUGUGCCAAACGGUUUGUUGUUAAUAAAACAUGCAGUGUGUUUCAUGA